UGUUUGGAUUUGCUACAUCAGAGCAGUCCGUGAAAGUGGUUAUGUGCGUUUAAACUUGAACUUGACUUCGCCAUGGGGAUCUUUAAGGAAGUGGUUUUGUGUGUGACCAUCAUUUUGGCAGCAUCCUGUGAAAGUCGUCCGAUCAGUCUUCAUAAUUAUGCACCAGCUCAUGAAUAUAAAUCAACGGACUACAGCUUCAGCUACGGGGUGAAAGAUCCACACACAGGAGACGUGAAGAACCAAUGGGAAGAAAAGAAAGACAACGUGGUCCGUGGCGAAUAUUCAUUGGUAGAAGCCGAUGGUUCAACUAGAACAGUACAAUAUACAGCUGACGACAAAAAUGGUUUCAACGCAGUAGUGAAGUACGAUCAACAUUCUGUCCAUCCAAUCACGGAAAACAAAGCAGCUGUCAGUCACAACAACUUGAACUUGAAUCCAAGCAAAGAGACUUCGGUCGCCUACAGCUCCUAUAGCAGUAAUUUAGAAGGGUUGAGCUCGCAUGGCCAAACAGAAGUACAGACUGUAGUUCAGCAUGAGUACAAAUUACCGGAGAGCUAUUCAGAAAUUCAAAGCUUGGCGAUACAACAUUUGAACUCGCUGUCUGAAAACCAGCAAAUAGAAAAUCAGCAGGUGCAAAAUCAACACCAACCAGCCUAUUACUACGUACAACAACAGGAAACUGCCUCAGAAGAAAAUACAAAAUCGGAACAAGUUGAGCCUCAACCUCAAGUUCAAAGCUACUACGCUUACGAACCCAACCAGAACAAUGGUCAGAUCCAAGACGAAGAACAGCAUGAAUCACAACAACAAGAGGUCAAGGAGAUUGUUGAAAACCAAAAACAAAACGAUGAUAAUGCGCAAUACGAAGUGAACAACGCUCAAGCUCAACUUCCAUUGACGCUAAACGUUCUCCCUGAUUCCGCCAACAAAGUUCCAGUGGACAUAAACGUGCUCAACCCUAUCAAUAUUGAUUUAACCCACCUACUCAAGAACUCUGAUGGAAAUCAGGAAUCUGGCGAAACUAUUAAGUAUUCAACGAAAGACAACAGUGUUCAACCGUCCCAUCAGUUCACUCCUGAAGAAGUGCAAAAGUUCAUUGACGACUAUAACAAAAAACUUGGCGAGCCAGUAUACGAGACUGGAUUUGUUCCAAUAACCACGAAACCAAGUCACCUGAUCACACAACCAAUGGUACCAAAUACCUAUAAGAGUAAUUUAAAAGUCAACAUGACGCCUGGUCUAAAACAUUACUCUUCAAGGGGAAAUAGUAAAUUUAGGAGGAAUAAAUAUGAGACUUUACUGUUGAGUCAGCAGCAGCUUCUACCUCUUCUUUACAAGACUGGGGAAUUGAGAAAAGAUGGUCGUAGAACAGAGUACAAUAGACUUCAUAGAUCUGUACCGAACAGAAACCAGUUGGUCAGAUAUGCCAAACAUAUUCGUUUUCUUCGUUAGUAUUACAUGAAAUAUUUGUAGAUUUUUGUUGUUGUUAUUUAUUUAUUAUUAUUUAUACUUUUUUGUUAUUUCAUUUUUAUAUAAUAUAUCAAUUUUGUACGAUAUGAAAGAAUGUAGGCAACUGGUAAUACCGCAUGAGUGUAUUAUUGGUUUCUCUCCUCUUCACAUAACUUCAACUAGAAAACAAU